CAGCAAAAUUGUAAACGAGUAAACGAGUAAACGAAGAAGCCUUAAAAUACUAAUUGCUGCCUUGGUGAGCUGGAAUUGGCAAGUUUCGGGCCAAGAGGGUGAGAUCUCAUAUAGUACUAGCGUCCCCGACGCACCUGCUGCCCAUAAUAAACGCCGUCUUUCUCCACCUCGCCUCAACGAAUAUGCCGAAUCUGAAUAUGCCGAGCAACAGAACUCGUGCUGUGCGCGUUUGCGAGUACUGCCACAGCCAUAAAAUCCGAUGUGAUCUGGACACAAAACAUGACGAAUGCUCCAAUUGUAGUGAACGUGGCGAGUUGUGCAAGAUUCGCACAAGGAAGCUCUACAGCUCGCGCGUUCGAACUGCUCGCCGCGACAAUGAUAUAGAGCAUGUGAAUCAUGAGGAGGGGUUGGAGGGAGCCCCCACACCCACGGGGUCAACUGUGAAUCCCGUCGAAUUAGUCGCAACAUGUUUCCCGGCACCGAGUUCAAGGGUCAUACCCAUAUUCGUCGGCAACGGUGAUUACGGUGCGAUAAUCUCAAGCACGGCCAAAACCAAUGAGCGACACUUCCACGUCCCUGUGCCAGCAGAAAACACUCUUGCCCCCGAAGAUCUCCAAUAUCUUAAGCUGAAAGGAUGUUUCACGCUGCCCCCCGAAAGCUCGGAACUGAUCACCGCCUACUUUCGAUUCGUGCAUCCAAUCUUCCCAGUCAUAGACGGGACCUCCUUCCUGCAUGAAUACAAUGCGCACGGCGUUAGCGGUGUGAAUUUGCUUCUUCUCUGGAGCAUGUUUUCUGUCAGUGCGAGUUUCAUUCCGACACUAGACAGAAAACAGUGCAAGGUGAAAUAUUCGUAUCGCGCGAAGCUACUUUUCGACCUCAGCGAGGAAAGAGACAAAAUCGUUCUAAUACAGUCUGCCCUUUUGCUGAGCUUCUGGUUUGCCGACUUUGAGGAUGUGAAACAGUCGUGGUACUGGACGGGCGUGGCCUUCGCAAUCGGGCAGACUCUGGGCAUGCACCGUGAUGCCAAACAGGUCCUAGGAACAACUGGAUCUGAAAGGAGCUCGGCUUUAUGGCGCAUCGUAUGGAAAUGCUGUAUGAUCCGCGAUGUUUGGCUGGCUUUCACCAUGGGCAGACCAAUUCGUAUCAACAGUGCUGAUUGCGAUCCGUUUCCACGCGAGGAUCCUUCGAUACAUUUCAAAGACCUAACGUUGCAUGGCGAAGUACUCUACACUCCCGAAGAAGCAGUAAAGAUAGGAAGAUUGUGGCAGAGUUUCUGUACAGCUGCCGACGUUUUACGCGAGAGUUCCACCAAAAUAUUGUCACCGUCGCGAGUCAAGCUUUUAAAACUGAGGUUGGAGGACGAGAUCAAAGUUACCACAUCGGCUGAUUUUACGCAUAUCAGUUGGCAUUGCCGGCUUCAUCAUUACGUUGCACUGAUCGCCCUUGCGCGUAACUCGAAAGCACAAGGCGACAUAAGAAACCUGUCGGACAGCAUCACAGCUACUAUACAGGAGUAUUCUGCAGAAUCGCCACUGAUUAUGCCCGCACCUUUCAUCAUACCACUCGUGGUUCCUGCGUUGAUAUCGUAUUUUCACGGCUUAUCAUCAGCUGACCCGGGAAAGAUGGAGGCAUACGGCCAAAUUGACAUAUUGCUUUCUUUCUUCGAUGCGAAUAAGGACAAUUACCCUGCGGCAGGAAAUCUCCAUCGCGUGUUCACCACAUGGCGAAAUACCAUGCAAGCUCAAACAACGAGUCUGCCGGCGCGGGAUGUGCUGCACUCUAUCCCAACGAAUCAAAUGCAGUUUCCUGAGAACUCGCCUUGGUUUGGGAGUCAAUUGUCGUGGCCUGGACAAGGAUCAUCGCCGGCUUCCAACGGAUCUAGUGAUAUACAGUAA